AUGAUCGCAACUGGUGUUUGUGGCGUCGCGCUGGUGCUGGUGCUGGUGGUUCUGAUUCCGGUCGUGGUGAACUCCGCCGGACCUCCCGCCCGCUACGAGAUGCUCGGAUCCUGCCAAAUGGUGUGUGACUCCCACGGGACCGCGGCCACGGCCACAGCCAAGGCAACCAACCCGAUCAAAGACAACCGCCUGGUCCAGUCGCUCCCCACGUUCAUCCAGGGUCCUCAGGGAGAGCCGGGGCGCGUCGGGAGGGUGGGCCCCAGGGGUCCGGUUGGAGAACCCGGGCCACCCGGACCUGCUGGUCCACCCGGGGACAGAGGGGCACCUGGUCCACCGGGUCCACCCGGUGCGCCAGGAGCAAAUGGGCCAAAUGGAGCGAUUAGCGCAGCCACUUACAACACCAUUCCAAAAAUUGCGUUUUACGCAGGACUAAAGAAGCAGCACGAGGGAUAUGAAGUGUUGAAGUUCGACGACGUUGUCACAAACCUUGGCAACCACUACGAUCCUUCUACCGGAAAAUUCACCUGUUCGAUACCGGGGAUUUACUUCUUUGUUUACCAUGUGCUGAUGCGAGGCGGGGACGGAACGAGCAUGUGGGCUGACCUCUGUAAAAACAACCAGGUGAGAGCCAGUGCCAUCGCACAGGACGCCGACCAGAACUACGACUACGCCAGCAACAGUGUGGUUCUUCAUCUGGAGCCCGGGGACGAGAUUUACAUCAAGCUGGACGGCGGGAAGGCGCACGGGGGCAACAACAACAAGUACAGCACCUUCUCCGGCUUCAUGUUGUACGCUGAUUGAAACACGGAGGGGAGGAAAGAGCUGCUCUACAUUUAGCUUGCUUCACUGCUCGUGCUCAGUUCAAUGUCAGCCGGAUUAUUAGAGACAGAGCUCACCGUUUCUGUAUUUCAAAAGAACCAGGAGAGAUGUGGAGGAAGUCAUGCAAAAAAGAAAACAGCGUCCUGCAAUAUGACAAGCUGACAAUGUAAUUACAGGAAAACAAUAAUGAAUUUUAUUUUGUACAGCCCUGAGUUGUACUCAUGUCAGGUUGAUUAGUGUCGCUUGUGCACCCUGAAUGAACUGUUAGGCUUUGCAAAUUAAGUUUGCCGAUAUGUCAAACAAACUGUAGCUGCUGUGGUAACAUAAACUGAGUGACUGUAGAUUGAGAGUUCAAUGUAUUGACCCCUAGCGAUCAAUUAUAGAUGCUGAUGUUGUACUCACAUACUCUGUUUGCGGUGUUGUUAGUCCACUUGUGUGCUUUACUUUCCAAAGAAUAUGUCAUAGUUGUUGCAUUUUGGGUGAAAAUGUUAAACGCUGUAGUUAUGCAUGUCUAUAAAAGUUGACAUUUUAACACUGUGCAGCAUAAAGAGGCUUCAAAGAAAAACAAGCGUCUGUAAAGGGCCAUGGUGAUGCUCGCUGUCACAAAACGGAUCAUUUUUCUUGUGUGUCGACAUGACAUCUGGUUGGGGCGACAGGGUGGUCUGGUGGUUAGUCACCAUCUCAAAAACUGGCCGGCCGCGCUAACAGAUAUGUUUCCUCGAGCUCGACAACAUUCAUCAAUCUGCUUGCUGAUUAUCACGCCCCUC